AUGUUUGUCAAGGCCCUUGAGAACAAUUUCAAGAAAUCUUCUUUGCUUGUUGUUUCUACUCUCAGAAACACCAGUCAACACAAGGCGACUAGACUUGUCUCUCAGUUGCCCACCAUAAGAAACCUCAUCACUCCUAUCCGACAUCGGAGCCUACACACCCACCAGCGCAGUCUCCUCGCCCAGAUUGCAAGCAACAGAACGCAAUCAACCAUGGCUCAGACCGCAGAUGUCGACAAGGUUGCACGGCUCCUGAUAGAGUCUCAGCUCAGCGGCGGCAAUGCCAAGAUCGAGCCUGGCCAAUUUUCCCAAGUGGACCGAGACGCCGCCUACAAGAUCAUGGCUGUAGUCCAAAAAGCCUUGGGAGAGGAGACAGGAAUGUACAAGACGGCCAUCCACCCGGACGGCGUCGGAGUCGCGGCACCAAUCUACAAGUCCCGCAUCGGUCAGAGCCCGGACUUUUCCUUCCCGGGCGACAAGUUGAACACCGAAGGCCUCGAGUUCGAGGUUGGAGUCAAACUGGCCAAGGACAUCCCUGCUGGCGCAGACAAAACAACCAUCGCCGCUGCGGUCGACCACUACUACCUCGGCAUCGAGAUCGUGGGGAGACGCAUCACCGCCACGGCCGAGGUGCCCAAGGCGCCCCCUCCCCAUGGCCUUGCCGACAACAUGUCAGCGUUGGGAUACGUUAUUGGUCGAGUCUACGACAGAGAGCCUACUGUCGACGAUGUGCCUGUGUCGUUUGAGGUUGACGGCAAAGUUAUCGACCGCAGACCGGCUAAAUGCCCGUUCGAGGGUGGCAUGCUCGCUACUCUGGUGGCUUACGCGAAAUCACAACAGCCGCAUCUUCUACUCAAGGCUGGCAUGUUAAUCACACUGGGAUCUGUGAACGGCUGUGUACCUCUUCCACAGGGCACUAAAGGGCGUGUGGUUGGCACGCUGGGUGAUGAGACGCCGGUCGAGUUCACAAUUCGAUAA